ACGGAUGUUAGAACACGGUGCUACAGUCAGACGAUUUUGUAAUCUUUACCUUUACGAGCUUCCGCAUGCUUUGUGAAUGGGAACGCGCCAGCCAGUCUACAUGUUUGCAUGACACUCAUCAACAAUUUUCGCGGAUCCAUAUCAUUUUCUUCGAAUGCUUACUAUAUGAUAUUAGCACACACAUAGCUGGAGCAGACAUUGGGGUAAUCCGGGACAUAGAAUAAUGUGCUACAUCGCCGACUUGUAGAUGUGAUGUGCGAUGCUUGUCAGACGGCGAAAGAGAUGUAUCUUUGUUCUAGUAGCCGUUUGUAUUCCAGCAGUUUGUUUAACUUUGUACUACAAGUAUGUUUUCGAUGUAAAGAGCCAUUUGUCUUCUCGCUUUGUAUCUUUUAGAAGAAAACUGAACUUUGGAAGUGCAUUGAAUGACAAGGAAAAUGAACAUGAUGAUAGACACUUGAAGCGUUUGACUGUCAUAGUGAACAACGGCCAUCAAGCUAAUGUGACGGGGUUGAAGAAUGGAUCUAGUGUCUAUCUUCCUUUCGCUUUCGUACGCCGUUACUUCGAUGUUUACGGUGAUCUGGACGAGAAGAAUGACAACAUCUUUCACUUCAAUCACGCUUAUGGAAAACGUCCACCCGUCGAGAAGUAUAAUUCGACCGGCGUCUAUAUGGACUUCAAUCAUGUGUGCGUUGAGAAUAGAGACAGAGUGAAGUACGUAUCUGGUACAGAUAAUGUUCCCUUGUCUAUCCAAUGGAAUAAAGAGGGAUACGUUUAUCCUACUCAAGUUGCUCAGUACUGUCUAGCACAUUACUCACGUUGGGUAAGUGAAGUUCCACAGCAUGAACUGCUGAUUGAAAAUGGAAGUGGACAGAAGAAUAGGUGGGUCGUGUCCAACGAAGAGCAGAUGAGUAUUCAGAGCAUCAGGUCUAGGGAAAGAAGAUCGUAUGUAUUAGAAUUUAAUACUUUGAAUGGGGGGCAAGAUGAUGAGCAAGUUGAUGGAGUAUCGACCAAGAUUGAUCGUCGAGUGAAAUUUCCAGUGUUUGUAUUUCCUGUCAAAUUCUUUGCUCCAAGCAAUGUCUCAUUUCGUAUUGAGUUGAAUACUGGCAAGGAGUAUGUGUUGGUCUACUCGUGGUCUUAUGAUCAUUUUCUUCACAGGACGGAUACUAUAAUAUACUAUGGUAUUGGUCAAUGCAAAGAGUGGCAUACUGUUGCACGUAAUGUUGUGCUGGAUGUGUAUAAAGGUGUCAUGCUUGGUUUGAAACCAAGUAAGGCACGAGAUGUCAGACAGUGGAACAUUGUUCGUCUCUUGAGCAUAUCCUUGUCUGGUCACGGUCAACUUGACAGUUUGAUAUUACUUGACAAGGGACACAUAUACCAAAUGAAAGCAGGAGCUGAUUGGCUAGUGAACAAUGUAGAUGAAAAUGGAGGGUGGCCAGUCAAUAUCAAACGAGUAAUUGUUCCUGGUAUGUCUGUAGCACCAGGAUGGUACUCAGCAAUGGGUCAAGGGCAAGCGAUGUCAUGUCUAUGUAGACUUUAUAAACACACUGGAAACAGAAAAUAUCUUGAUGCAGCGUUAAAGGCCACAAAAGUUUUUGAUGUACUGUCGGAGAAUCGAGGAGUACUGGCUCGAUUUGCUGGUACUAUCCCAUGGUAUGAAGAAUACCCAACUCAACCACCAUCAUUUGUUCUCAAUGGCUUUAUGUACUCUCUGAUUGGCUUAUAUGAUUUAAGUCAAGUUGCUUCUCAUCCUGUCAACUCCAAUGCAAAACGACUGUAUGAGCAAGGUCUAGCAUCAUUACGGAAACUCCUGUUGCUUUAUGAUUUAGGUUUGCGCACAGCGUAUGAUUUGAGGCAUAUUUCUUUGUACUCAGCUCCUCGUGUGGCUCGUUGGGACUAUCACAUUGUCCAUGUUACGCAGCUACUGACUCUUGGAACAAUCGAUCACAGCACUUUGCUGUGGAAUAUGACUGCUGAGAGGUGGGAGUUAUACAUGCACGGAUACCGAGCUCCACACAAUUGAGAUUGAAAUAACGAAAUUGUGAAGUUGUUCUAGUGAUGAUACAUUGUAAUUAUAUGUUAUCAAUAACAACAUUCGUUUCACAAUCUA